UCGGCUCGGCUCGGCUCGGCUCGGCUCGGCUCGGCUCGGCUCGGCUCGGCUCGGCUCGGGACACCCGCGAGCGGCCCCGGGGAAGCGUUGCAGGUGGGAGCCCCUUGCGCGGCCCGGUGGUCGCCGGUCACAGGCCCCCGCAGCCGCGCCCCCCGCCCGAAAUAGCGCGGGGCGGGGCGGACGCCGCCAUGGCGAGGCAACCGGCAAAGACGCUGUGGUACGACCGGCCGCGGUACGUCUACCUGGAGUUCUGCGUGGAGGACAGCAGGGACGUGAAGGUGGCCAUUGAGGACCAGCGGCUGGUGUUCAGUUGCAAAAACGCAGAUGGCGUGGAGUUCUACAACGAGAUCAACCUGUACGCCAGGGUCAACUCCAAGGACUCACAGGAGAAGCGCUCUGAUCGCUCCAUCACAUGUUUUAUGAGGAAGUGGAAGGAGAAAGUGGCUUGGCCUCGUAUCACCAAGGAGAACAUCAAGCCAGCCUGGCUCUUCGUGGACUUUGACAACUGGAGAGACUGGGAAGGGGAUGAGGAAAUGGAGAGGGCCAUGGUGGAGCAGUAUGCAGAGCUCCUGGAGAAGGUGACAGACAAAGCUCCACCCCCAACCAUGGAUGACCUGGAUGACGACCUCUGAAGCCCAAGCCCCCGGGACACGCAGGACCAGCAGCCAGCACACACCGACCAGCAGCGCAGGGCUGGGCUGCCCGGGGAAGCAGAACCGCUCCGGACAGUUCCCCACCAAGCGCAGCAGCCGAAUCGUCCGGUCUCCCCGUGCCGGUUAUCCGCACGGGAUAAUAAACUCGAGCUGCCGUC